GGGACCGCGGCUCCCGGGCUCCACCGCGCCUUCCACCCACACGACUGACCCUUCGCCUCUCGCUUGGGAACUGCAGCCUCCCCCACCCCGGCUCGAAAUGGACCCCAACUGCUCCUGCUCCCCAGGUGGCUCCUGCAGCUGCCCUGGCUCCUGCACGUGCAAACAGUGCAAAUGCGCGUCCUGCAAGAAGAGCUGCUGCUCCUGCUGCCCCGUGGGCUGUGCCAAGUGUGCCCAGGGCUGCGUCUGCAGAGGGGCAUCAGACAAGUGCAGCUGCUGUGCCUGAUGGCGGGAAAGCCCAGCUCCCAGAUGGAAAUAGAGGGACGUGCACAAACCUGGAUUUUUUUGUUUUUCAUACAACCCUGACCUAUUUGUUACAUUCCUUUUUCUACGACGUAUUUGAAUGACAAUAAACUCAUCUAGACUA